CCGCUAGCUUAACUGUGCACCGGUGUAUGUUGUCACUGUGCUGCCCCAGUGGGAGAACAUUGCUACAUGAAUUAGCUUUUUUCAGUACACAGCACAUGUUUUCAUGUCGGUCAAAGUUUCCGCUGGUGCUCUGGAUGUCAGAUAACUAGCCUACUAACUAAGGUAUCGUGAGGGUUUCAUGCUGUCCACUCCUGCGCCCCUCUGUGCAAAGUGUCAGUAUGGAUGAAGAAACCCUCGAGGCGGCCAUCUCUACUUAUGGUGCUCAGCUGCAGCAGGUGGAGACGGCUCUGUCAGCUGGCCUUGACCCCUCCCAGGAGGCAGACCUGCUCCAACUAAAAGAGGACCUUUGUCAGCUAAUAGAGCUCACCGAGGCCAGCCUUGUGUCGGUGAAAAAGAGCCAGCUUCUGGCUAGACUGGAGGGCAGCGCUGGACUGCAGUUAAACACAUCAGAGGCAGCAGCUGACCCAAACAAUGCAAAUGGUAACGUGGGGGAUGAGUUUUCUGCUUUCUAUGCUGAACUAGGGGAGUCCUCGGGUGUCAGCUCUGAUACCAGGCUAGGGGAUAAUGUAGAGGAUGGUUUAGAAGAAGGGGAGGAGGAGGAGGAGGAAGAAGAAGAUGAACUCAGUGGGACCAAAGUAAGAGCCCCCUACCGGACAAAGUGGGGGACUCUGGAGUAUCAUAAUGCCAUGGUGGUGGGGGCAGAACCAACAGAUGGAGGAGAGGCACAAGUCAGAGUGCUCUACUUGCACCCCACCCAGAGGUCAAUGAAACCCUGUCCGUUCUACCUGGAGGACAGAUGUCGCUUUAUGGAGGAUUGUAGGUUUUCCCAUGGUGAAGUGGUGUUUGUGUCAGAGCUCAGAGACUUCCUUGAGACUGACCUCAGUAAUCUUGAAGCAGGCUCGUCCUGCUUGGCUCGACAUGAGGAUGGCAUCUGGUGCCCGGCCAAAAUCCGAGAAAUGGACAGUGGUUUUUACACUGUGAAGUUUGACUCCCUGCUACUGAAAGAAGUUGUGGUCGAGGCCGACUGCAUUAUCCCGCCUCUGAGAGAAGACGACCCAUUGUCUUCUGACUCUGAUCCUGAGGACACAAGAGACGGGGAUGACCUGGGGUUUGCAAAAGUUGUUGAUACUGCUGUUGAAGCCACAGAAUCAUUAAACAGUGCAGUUUUUGGUGGCUGGGAGGCUCAUACGAGAGGCAUCGGAUCCAAGCUUAUGCUGAAAAUGGGAUAUGAGUACGGGAAAGGCUUAGGGAAGAAGCAGGAGGGUCGAGUAGAGCCAGUCAUGGCUGUUGUCCUGCCCAAAGGUAAGUCUCUGGACGAGUGUGUCGAGCUCACCCAGAGACGAAACCGAAGCAGGAUCAACAAUGAGGACGGCACACAAACAGGCCGCAAGAAGCGACGGAGAAAACGUCGGGUUGCAGCAGAAGGCAAGAAAAAUGUCUUUGACUUUCUCAAUCAUCAGUUAGGAGGAAGGAGCACUGAAGCUGCAGAGGGGGGAGCUGCUGCACCAUCAGCAGCAGCGACUGGGGUGGAGGCUUACAGAGGAGGGAAAAGCACCAAGCGGAAUCUGAAUGUGAGGCUGUUCAAGGCUGCUGAAAGGGUGUCCCAGACCAAGAGGGAGAUCCAGAAACUGACUGAGUCACUGGGUAGACAAACAGGGAAGGACACAUCCAUAGCAAAGCAGCUGGAGGAGAGGCUGUCAGCAGCUCGCCGGCUGCUGGCCCAGCAGAAAGCCCAGGAGCUGUCCAUCCAGAGAGAGCACAGGAAGGCUGACACACACAAGAAGAUGACUGAGUUCUGAGUUGUGUUCUCUCAAAGACUUGUAGGAUGAAGGGAAGCUCUGUUCGCAUCGAGUGAACUUUUGUCCCUUGCCUGUUGUCAGUUAGUUGCCACACUGUUUUUUAAAAGACACUUUUUAGCAUUAUUUCUCACCCAUCAUGGAUUUCAGCUGACGACAGCGCCCACGUUUGCACAAAAACUGAUCUGUUCCACCUUUUUUUAAGGACUGAGUUUUUUUUUAUGUAAUGUUUGUUUGAUUUCAAGUGUUUCAAACUUAUUUGUCAUUCUAAUCAAAAUUUUGUCUCAGUGUAUUUAUCUUGAACAGAACUAAAAAAAACUUUGUUUUCGGAGAA